CCAAGCAGACACACGUAGGCGCGUAUCCGACAGACCAACCCCCUCUUCCCCCGGCAGACUGAAGAGCCGGCUAGCGGCGGGACAGCCAGACACCGACGACCCGCUGCUGCAGCUCUGACGGGACGGACAGGACAGAGGUCUCCACCGACCGAGGAGGAGUGACACUGUGCCGAGUCCCCUCACUGUGUGCAGCAGCACCAUGGCAGCUAUGGGACCUGAGGACAGAGGUGGAGCAGAGACAGGCAGGGCGCCAGUCUGCCCAUCCGAACAACGGGCCUGCGUCUCUACAGAGAUGUGUAACAGAGCGGAGUCUGAAAGACAGCAGAAUCUGGAGUUUACACAAAGCUGUGUCCAGACCAACAAAGCAUUCCUGGAGAGUGGUCAACACAAGAACAAGACACCAGUUCACCUGCUGCAGAGGGAGAUGGAGCAAGGCUGGAACAACCUGGCUGCACCCUUUAAAACACUGGGACCUGCAGUCCACAUGGGCAACAUGUCAGCUACUGGGGAGGCACCAUACAGUUUUCGCAGCCCAGAGUCGGUGGAGAUGGAUGAGAUCAUGGCAGCUAUGGUUCUGACCAGUCUGUCCUGCAGCCCAGUGGUCCAGAGUCCUCCACAAACAGAUCCUGGAACAGGUGGCUCGUCGUCAUCAACAGACAUGGAGUGCGGUGGCGGCGAGCUGUCUGACAGCGGCAGCAGCGGCUACUGGAGCUGGGACCACGGUAAUGUGAGUCCCGCCCCCUCGCCGUCCGUCACUGAGAUGGACAGCAGCCCUGAUGAAGGCCUACACAUGGAGCUUGAGCAAGGGGAAGAGCUCAAUGCCAAAAAACCAAAGAGCUCUUUCAGAGGUGUGUACAAAUGUCUGUGGCCAAGUUGUGGCAAGGUGCUAACAUCUUCAGUUGGGAUUAAAAGACACAUCCGCGUGCUACACCUGGGAAGUGGGUCAGACCAGUCCCAGAGAGAGGAGGAUUUUUACUACACCAAGAUCUCCUGUGAGGCGGUAGACACCAGCCCAUCUCCAGCACCCCUCCAGCCGGCUCCGGGCCAUGCCUCGUCCUCUCAGCUCAGCUGGACCUCAUGUGGUUCUCCUCCUGCCUCAGAGCACCAGAUCUCUCCAGCCUACAGGCCCAGGUCCAACUCCAGCUCAGGGCCUGGGCCCAGCCGACCCAGUCCGCUGAGCCAGUCGGCCCCCAGCAGCUUCUGGCAGAUCCACACAGAGCAUCUCUAUCAGGCCUGUAGUCCCGUCCAGGUGUCUGUGUCUUCCAGAAGUCCUGGCUGCCAGGUUUGGACUCCCUCUGCCUCUGUCACUGCUGGCCCCAGUAACACUCCGAUGGUGAAACCUCGCUGCCGGUCGGUCAGUGUCGGAGAACAGUGGCUUCAACAGAACAGGCUGCAGCCUAUCAGUGUGUCACCCUCCCGCAAUCACUGCUCCUUCAGGAAAGGUCGUGGAGAGGCCAAAAAGUGCCGCAAGGUGUACGGAGUGGAGCGAAAGGAUCAGUGGUGCACAGCCUGCCGCUGGAAAAAAGCCUGCCAGCGCUUCCCUGACUGAACAGCGGGGCAAGAGAGAGUGCAAGUCUUAAGUGGUGGAUGGAUGAAUGAGUGAGAUUUUUAUCACAAAAAGGAUAUAAAUCAGGGCCUGAGAGCCAUAAAAACAACUGUUCUCUUAGUACAUGUGUUUUCUUCCAACCUGUUUUUGUUUCUUUCUUUAAGAAAUGCAAAUGGAGUUUUCUGUAUCUUUGUAACUUGAUCCUGAAAACUUAAGUCUGCGAUGGUGCUAACUGUUGACUGACUAUGUGAUGUGCUAAGCCUAUAAUACUCCAACACUAUCCAAAGGUCAUAUUAUUGCUCCUUUAGCUGCACUGUUUUAGUAGACUGCUCCCUGGCUGUUUUCUUUACCCCACUCUCCUCUUCUUCCAGUGGUUACACCGUUGUUAUGAUGUACUUGAUAUUGUGUGCUUUGAGUUACGUAUGAGUAUUUUAUACCUUUUUUAUUGUUUUGUUCCGCCCUCGUACCAGGCAGAUUAUUUUUUGGGAAAUUUAAUGUUUUUUGGCACUUUGUUGAAAUAUAAACUCACACGAAUAAGCUACAUUUGGUUUGACUCAACCAAGUUUCUCUAUCCUUCCUGCCCAUGUGUUGAUAUACAACCAGUGUUAAAGAUUUUAUCCAUGAAGCUAUGGAGUCAUGGUAAUGGGACUAGCAUUAGAGGAAUGAGUUUGUAAUAGCAAUAAAAAAAAGAGGAAAUAUAUUGUCAAACACAAAUUAAACGCACUGAGAAUUUCAAAUGA